UAUCGAGCAGCAGUCAGAGGUGUUGAAGUCUAACUGGUUCGGUGGAAAUUCCGCGCGAUGAAGACGAUGAAUGAGAUCCUGUUGAUGUCGUUCCUGCUAUUGAGCAUGGCGAUCGCGAUACAAGGCUUCGGCGUUCCUGCACAUAAUGUCGUGAGCAUCGGGCGCACAGCUAUAGGCUACAAGCCUUCAAGGAGCAUGAGGAACGUGAAUCCCUACGCAAAGUUCGAUGGAUCGGCUCCGCAGAACUUCCGGUCGUACUCUAAUGUGGCCGCCUUCCAAGCUCCGGUGUACAUGCCGAAUUUAUACCAGGGAAGAAGGAGCCCAGUGAGCUACGCUCAGAAUCCAACUUUGCGAGGAGAGAGAUUCUAUUACAAGGCUCCGCGUUUCCAGAAUACCGUCACUUCUCCGCGGUCACAUUUCUCAAAGAUGAAGCCUUUGUACGUGUUGACUGCGUUGGCUGGCGUAGCGGUGGCUCAGUACUCUGACCCUGCCUCUCAUGGGUUCACUAUCAACGCCCCUGGACUAACCAACACGGCAACCUUCGGCUACGGAGCGGGACUUUCCUCGAAUUCCGCCGCUGCUUCUCGACCCGCCUUGGCCGCUCCCCGUCCCGCGUUCGCUGCCACAUCGAACUACGUUCCUCUGUCGAACACUUACACCUCUCAGCCUAGGAUCACGCUCACUGAAAAAGCGUUCACUUUAUCGAAUGUCGGAAGUGUUGGCGGUCCGACCGGCUCUGUGAUCGGAGAGCGUCGCCUUCUGACGAGCUCGAAUGCGGCGCUCCCGCGACAAGCUGUGGGUGCUGGGGUGCCCCGCAAUAGCUUGGGUACCACCGUUGUGAGUCUUUCCAAUCGAGGAGGUUCUGCUCCUGCUCCUCUUUCGAACUAUUUCGGUGGGAACACAGGCCGAAUCGUCGGCUCGUCCGGCCUUUCGGGAAGCCCCUUCAACCCGACCAUCCAGCGGGAACCCCCUCGAUUCCAAUACGCGCCUCCUCAAGCCCGCGGGAACUUUGCCCCCUCCCACGGAUAUACCGUCAACGCUCCUGGAUUCACCAAGCACAAGACGUUCGCCGGUCCCGCUGUCCACGGUACAAACCAAGCCUUCCUCCACGCAAACUCCGGCUGAAGCCGAACUCGAAUGACAGUUCCAAUUACUUCGCGUAUUUGACAAUAAAACUAGUCCACGCCAGAA